AUGGCGUCCGCCGCAGACGACGACUACUUGCGCACGGGAGGCGUCAAUCCGAGUCUCUCGAUUCUGUCGCCUGCUUCGGGGCUCGCUUCGCCGUCGCUCGCGUCGUCGGUCUCGGUCUACGCGUCGCAGCCGGGGGCCUCGCUGUCGGCGCGACCCGCCAGAGUCUCUGAGGAGCUCUACCUCAACGGAUAUGGCAAGCAAUUCGGCGACAAGAUCACCUACUCAGCCGGCGUCUCCUACGCAGCAGGCAAGCGAGGCGCCGCGCAGAGACAGCCGCGCAGAGACAGCCGCGCAGAGACAGCGGCGAGCCCGCCUCCGCACCGAGGAGGCGAUGCAGCCGCGCAGGUCGACGCCUGGCUCAGUCUGGGUGCGCUGUACGGAGUCGGUGUGGGGAUCCAGCGCGGAGGGAGCACGGCGCGGCUCCGGCUGAAUGCGCUGCUGAACGGAUGCAGCGAAUACGCUCCGAAGGCAGGCGCGCAGCUCGGAACGAUCACGCUGUUUUAUUGCUGCUUCAACAACCUCCUCGGCCUUUUCCGCGAAGACGAGCCGACGAAUGCGCCGAUUGCUGGCGCGGCGGCGGGCGCGCUGUACAAGUCGCUCGCGUCGUGGAAAGUCCUUGGAGCGUACUCCCUCACCUCCUCGCUUAUCUUCACUGGCAUCGACCAGUACCUCCGCAAGUACGUCUAG